UCAUUGGGCGGCGUGAUCUCGCCGCGGUUCCGCGGCCCUGCCGCCGCCGCCGCCGCCGCUGCUAGCAGAGCGCACCGGGCGGGCCGGGCGAGUGGCCAUGGCGGGCGCCGAGGACGGGCCGGGUCAGCAGCCGGAGCUCGACGAGGAUGAGGCGGCGUAUUGCCGGCGCUGGGGCGCGCAGCACGCCGGGGCCCGCGAACUGGCCGCGCUCUAUUCUCCAGGCAAGCGCUUCCAGGAGUGGUGCUGCGUGGUCCUGUGCUUCAGCCUCAUCGCCCACAACUUGGUCCACCUGCUGCUGCUGGCCCGCUUGGAGCACACGCCCCUCGUCAUGCUGGGUGUCGUUGCAGGAGCUCUCAUUGCUGACUUCUUGUCUGGCCUGGUGCACUGGGGAGCUGACACUUGGGGCUCUGUGGAGCUGCCCAUCGUGGGGAAGGCUUUCAUUCGACCCUUCCGAGAGCAUCACAUCGACCCCACAGCCAUCACCCGACACGACUUCAUCGAGACCAACGGCGACAACUGCCUGGUGACCCUGCUGCCCCUGCUGAACAUGGCCUACAAGUUCCGCACCCAGAGCCCCGAAGCCCUGGAGCCGCAGUACCCCUGGGAGUGCUUCGUCUUCUGCCUGAUCAUCUUCGGCACCUUCACCAACCAGAUCCACAAGUGGUCCCACACGUACUUUGGGCUGCCACGCUGGGUCACCCUCCUGCAGGACUGGCAUAUCAUCCUGCCACGCAAACACCACCGCAUCCACCAUGUCUCCCCCCAUGAGACCUACUUCUGCAUCACCACAGGUUGGCUCAACUACCCUCUGGAGAAGAUAGGCUUCUGGCGACGCUUGGAGGACCUCAUCCAGGGCCUGACCGGCGAGAAGCCUCGGGCAGAUGACAUGAAAUGGGCCCAGAAGAUCAAAUAGCUCCUCCGAGCCUGCCACCUUAUUGCCAACCUUCCCCAGCCCCCCCAAACCGAAGCCAUCUGCCAAACUCCAGCCUCCUCGUGCUGACCCCUCCAGAUGGAGAGGACGCCUCCUGGGCUGGGCCCGGGCACCCCCCAGCCCACCCCUUGUGACACAGAAUACUUGAGCCACUGAUUUUUCAUUUCCUUUUUUUUUUUUUUUUCAUUUUCUUUCCUGGGCCCCUCCCCAGCCACCUGAGCUGCUCUGUCUCCAAGCCUGCCUCUGCAGAAAAAGGAGCUCCACCCUGCCAGCCAUUCCUUGGGUAGAGGGGGAGCUCACCCACUCCCUGUCCUCCUCCAGGACCCCCGCCUCACUGGGCGGCCCUUCACCGUGGGUGGCACUGGGGCCAUGGAACUGUCUUCUCUGUCUUGUUUGCCCCAGCGGUCUAGGAGCUGCCCCAGGCACCACCUUCGGCCUGGCCUGUCCACCCAAGGAUGGCCCAAGUGCAGCAAGCGUCUGAGGGCAGCCAGCCAGAAGAGGCAGGAAUCCCCUGCCCAAGCCUGGACCUCCUCCCCCUGUCCCCUCCCCAGCUGCCCAUGGGAUUGCAGCCAGAGCUGAUACUUCUAAUCAGAGGAUGUGUUCACAGAGCGCAGCCCCUGCAAAGGGUCCUGGUCUUUGGGAAGGGGAUACAGAGUCCCCUCUGGCUAGGGGGAUGUCCGAGAAGGAAGGAAGGGGCUUUUUUGUUUUGGUUUGGUUUUUUUUUUUUUUUUUAAAGGUGCUUGCUUGUUUAAUGUAAAUAAUAGAAAGCCUUAAUAUCUUUUCUGUAACACGGAGUAAUAUUUUAAUGUCAUGUUUUGGAUGUACAUAAUAUAUUUAUAACAAAGCAGCAAGAGUCUACUUA